GCCCACCCCCCCCCGCCCCCGGUGGUUUUGUGCGGGUUGGUUUCGGCUUCUGGUACUGUCGAAUAUCCCAUGGUGGGACCACGCCAUGCUACAAGCGGCGUGGGAAGCCUUCGACUGGCGCUUGCUCUGCCUGGGCGAAGUUGACGACGAUGAUGAUGAUGAGGAGGUGGUGAGGGCGCAGGCGCAGCAGGCGGCGCGGCCUGAGCGAGCUGCGCGCAGAGGAGGCCGGGCGGCCGUCGCGGCCGUCAACUUGCCGCCAAGCGUGGCGCGGGCGGGGCCAAAUGCGGCCAGGGUGGCGGGACCCAACGCGACCCGGGUGUUUGGAGGAUCCGCGGCAGGCUCGGACUCAGACGCGGACAGCGUGGAGUCUCGCGUGAGGAGCAGAAGUUUCCACAUAGAAAACUUGCGGCGACUGACCAUCGACCGCUCUGGAGACGGAUGGAAUGAGGAGGACUGGCUGAAAGACCCCGGCGAUGUGGAGAGAUCCUGCACUGACGUGAGCUGGGUCGGCUUCUGUGGCACCUGCUUGCUGGUGCUGGCAGCCAUCGGCUUUGCAGGGAUGACCGAGCGUGCGGUGGAUCUCCUGGCUACGCGCGACAGCUCAGGGCACACCUGCGGCGAGGGGAACCUGACGGAUAAACCUUACGCAUUCAUCUGCAGAGUUCAUGGCGAGCUGGAGUUAGACGAUAUUGAGUGCCGUGAGAGCUGUCCAUCGAACAGCUCCAGCAGCUACCCCUGCUGGGACAAUGCCACGCAGUCGUAUAUCCUUGCGCAGGAUUACGAGACGUCCAUUGCCUUCCCUCACGUCUUCGGCUGGUGCAAGCCGUCGGACCUGGAGUUGCACCAAGUCUUGGGGAAGUUCACUCUCCGCUUGUCCCUGGCCGAAGAGUGGAACACCUUGAACAUCGGAUUGAUCUUGAUCACGCUGUGGCGGCUGCUGGUGCCCUUCCUGAUAGCUGGGCUACUUGGGGUCGCCCUUUCCUUGAUUUACGUGUCCGUCCUCAAGGCUGGGAGUGUGAUGAAGCUGUGCAUGUCAGCCAAGCUAUUCACUUUGCAGGACCACGCCGAGUGCCUGUCCCGAGUGGGCAUCCGCGUCAUCGUCCUGGUACCUUGGGGCUGGGCCGUCUACCUCUGGUUCGGCCACCGCCACGCUGCGCUGUUGCCCUGCCUGGGGCUCAUCAUCGCAGGCAUUUUUUUGGCGAUGCUGGCGGGGACGCAUUCCUACGACCUAGCGAAAGCUGCGGCCUGCAUUCAAAUGUCUUGCACCUGCGUGAUGGAGAUGCCGAUGCUGCACUUUGGGCCAUGCCUUGUGCUUCUGUUUCGAGGAUGCUCUUCCUGCGCCAUGCUCUUCUUCCUGGCUACUUCGCGCAUAGGUGUGUACUACAACGCUGGCACCCACAGCAUGGGUAUGCAUUGCGAGGGCAAGGACGACUGCCCGGCCAACUUGGGAUUCUUCAUCUUCUGGGUGGGCAUGUUUGUAUGGGUUGAGAACCUCUUUACGGCCUGCUGGGAGUUUGCGGUGGCAUACCUCACCGCGGCGUGGUACACCGCGGGAGGCUUGCACGGCGCCAGCCACAAGGAGAAGCUCAAUCAGUGCUGUCGCCAGUGCUCCAUGUGGGGUGUCCUCCUCCGCUACCACCUGGGGACCAUGGCAAAGGCCGCCAUUUAUAUUGGCACGCUGCGCCCGUUUCGCUUCGCCUUGGGGAGCAUCACCGCCGCAGCGAGGAUCGAGACGAACUGCGUGGGCAAAGUCAUCUACUGCUGCUGCUCCUGUCUGGUCUUCGUCUACGAGAGGUACUUCGAGAUCUUCUCGGCCAAUGCGUACAUCGAGGUGGCGCUGACGGGCGCGAGCUUGGACAAGGCGGCGUCCCUGGCGCAGGAGGUGAGCAAGCGCCAGAAGGGCACAGCCAGCUCUUUGAAUGGCACCACCUUUAUCUUCCAGCUCGUUGGUUUGACCCUCAUUUGGUGGUCCGGCUACUUUGUGACGUGGGCGGUUGUGCGCGGCUACUGCCCUGGUUUGCACGACUACGGCGACCCGAACUCUCUGCAUUACAUCGGGAACUACUGGUUCUGGUCCAAUUUGGGUGGCAUCAUCGCCUUCAUCGCGGCGUUCCCCGCGAUGAUGGUCUUCGAUGUUGCUUCUGACACCAUCCUCUACUGUGCAAUGCUGGACAUCAUCCAGAAAGAGGCCCAGGGGACCGCCGAGUACUACAACAAGAUGCCUACAGGAGUGCGGGAGUUCAUCGAGCUGGUGACCGGCUUCUCCUCGGGCUGGAGCUCGGGGGAUAGCUCCGCUUCCUUCUCCUCCAGAGGCUCCUCCGUGGCCUAGGGCUCCAGAUGCAAGCGGAUCCGGCUUGGGCGAAACAUGCUUGAGCCGGGGCGACCGGUGAGGCUCCGGGGGUUUGUAGAUUUGCCCCAAGGGCGGCAGUGACGUCACAGGUUGAGUUUAAUUGUGAAACCACGGCCAUGUGGCAGUUUCCGUUUCGGAUUCGUGGGAAAGAUCUUCCCGGAUCAUUUCCUUUGGGGCCAGGCCAUGGCCCGAAAACCUCCAAAGCGAGGCGGCGACUCUCGCGGCGUUUUCUCCGCGAGAGGAGGGAAAAAAAGCAAACACGACAGGCGCGGCCUGGCGCAGCCCGGGAGCGAAGGCUCAACUUGGCCCUGAAAUUCAGGCAGGC